GAAAGCUUACGGAAGUGUUUCUAAAUGACAUUUUAUGCGCAUUGAUACAAGUCGAAAUUUACCGCUGUGUUGUAGAUUCUUUCCCAGCUAUACCGUAUCAUUUAUUUCAUGGAUAAUUAAAUUAUUUUCAAAGAUAAUCCAGAACUUUCCAAUGGAGUAGGUUUUAGUCGCACCAUGUUGUCCUACAAUAAGGCCAGAUUAUCAAAACCCAUUCCACUAAAAAGAAUUGUUUUGACCUAAGUUUGCUGGGAUGGCAAACAGAAUUAAAGGGCUUGUGAGCAGGAAUAAGAGACGAUUAAAAGAGGAUGGAUUUGAUUUGGAUCUCACUUAUAUCACCCCCAAUAUCAUUGCUAUGGGAUUCCCUGCUGAAAAACUUGAAGGAUAUUACAGGAACAAUAUGGAUGAUGUAAUAAGGUUUUUGGAAAUGAAGCAUAAAGACCAUUAUAAGGUUUACAAUUUAUGCUCUGAAAGAAGUUAUGAUCCUAGCCGUUUUCAUAAUCGAGUGGCAUACUAUCCAUUUGAUGAUCAUAAUCCCCCAAGACUUGAGUUGAUAAAGCCCUUCUGUGAAGACUUGGACUAUUGGUUAUCUUUACAUCCUGAUAAUGUUGCAGCUAUUCAUUGUAAAGCUGGAAAGGGUAGAACAGGUGUUAUGAUUUGUGCUUACAUGUUGCAUAGGAAAAGAUUUCCAGAUGCUGACUCAGCUUUAAGGCACUAUGGUGCAACACGAACGAGGGAUGAAAAGGGUGUGACCAUCCCAAGCCAACGUCGGUAUGUUUUGUAUUAUGCUGAUUUACUCAAGCCUGGAGUGGUGUACAGACAAGUUAGUUUAUUACUGAAAGGAGUCAAAUUUGAAACAAUACCUAUGUUUAGUGGUGGCUCUUGUACACCCUAUUUUGAAGUCCAUCAGUUGAAGGUCAAGGUGUAUCAGUCUCCUGUGUAUACUGGAGUUAGGCGGGACAGAAACAGUUUUUACAUGCCUGUCAACCAUGCCAACCAGUCAGUACCUAUAUGUGGGGACAUUAAAAUUGAGUUUUUCAACAAAUCUAAAAUAAAUAAAAAAGAAAAGAUGUUUCAUUUUUGGUUCAACACAUUUUUUGUUACGGAUCGAGAAAGAGUUUGCCAAAAUGGUGCCUCCAGCAAUGGAUCAGAGGAAGAUAGCAACGAACAUUAUUUAUCUCUGACUUUGACCAAAGCUGACCUUGACCGUGCCAACAAAGACAAAUCUCAUAAACUCUUCAGUCCUAAUUUUAAAGUGAAAGUCUACUUUACAGCUAUGCAUGAAGCUAGUAAUCUCGAAAGAAGUAAGAGUGCUGAUGAUAUGAUGAAUUCUGACAGACUCAUAACUAAUACAAGGAGACCGCCGCACACAGUGACCACACCCAACCUUCUCCACCCACAGAACUCACUUAGAGGCUGGUCAUCAACGUCAUCCUCUGCUGCAACCUCUCCCCUUACUCCGCCCCCACCAACUCAUGGUUCUAUCAAAAAACAAACCAGUGAUCACUCACUCAUAGAAAAAUAUCACCUGCUUCAGCCUGAGGGGCACCCUCUUGGCGGUGGUGGGCGUGUUUCUUACAGGGGAGACCGGAGCCCAGAGACAGGGUCAAUUACAGGCAGCUUAGACACCAUGUCUCUCUGCUGCAGUGAUAGUGAAGCCCAAGAUGACCUUUCUGACACAGAGUCGGAGAACGAGUGGGAGGACUGUGAGAUUACCCAGGCUGUUGGAUGACCAAAGGUAUGAGUGUCAGUGUUUUGAUGUUUACAAACAUUCUUUUCUCACGUUUCCACUUUCAAUGUGCCUUUGAAGUCCCCAGGUAAUAUAACAGGUCUCAAAAUGUUGCGAACUUUAAAAUACAAAGUCAAUUAAUUGUUCAUUUUUUAGUCUGACGUUCAUGUAAAUAUGCAUCCUCAAAAAAGUUUUAAAUCACCAGUUACCCUUCCAAGAAUAAAACCAUUUAAGAAUUUAGUUUCUAAAGCUCAUCUAGAAAGUAUCUCCACUUUUGAAUGGACACUUGAAAUGUCAGUCUUCCAGAGAAAAGUUCAGUUUCAGUUGAGCUCUCAUUUAUUUUCACAAUGUACUGGAACUAGUUGUCAUUGAAGCUUAAAAAACUAUCAGACAUAAGAAUUGUAAGCACUGUAAUGAAUCAUUGUUACGUUAUCAAUCAUUUGAAACUAAUUUCUAUUGUAAAUAACUUUCCCAGUGAUUCAGCUUCAACAAAAUAAUUUGUUUUUAUUCUAAUGAAUGGAUGCUAGUUUUUUUUUGUUUUUACUUAUUCACUUAGAAAUGUAUUUUUGUUGUUGUUAUUUAAAAAGUAAUAUAAUAAAUGCUUGCUGUACUAUUGGUUUAGUUAAAUGAAAGUUCAUUAUUGUCAUCGGUUUAGUUAUCAUUGGUGUUGUUUAUCUUAAUCUUGUGUCAAGUCUGUGCUUGUAGUUGCUUCUAUUGAUAGUGCUUCUCAAUAUUCCAAUUCACACAUGUCAUGCAGAGUUUCAACAACAGUGGACAACACCAUUUUUUUCAAAUCAUAAAGCUGUUGUUGAAUGAUUGAACAAAAAGCCCCUGUUUUCAACUUCAAUUAAAAUAAUAGAAGAUUGCUCUGAUUUCUAAUGAAUAAUUUUAAUUCUUGAUGUAAAUGUCAUCCAAAGGAAACAAGAUACAGGCCUUGCAAUUUUUAAAGUAUAAUUUGUUUUUAUAUCCUAUAAUUAUCUCUUUAUCUAUGAUUUAUCUUAAUUCCUUAUGAAAGAAAUACCCUUACGUAAUACUUAGUGGUUAUAAUAAUACUUACUGGUUAUAACGUCUUACGGGAUAUUUUUUCUUACAGUAGAACUCAUUCAUUGUGAAAUGAAUAUAUGGUAUUGACUUAAGUUUGAAUUCCUUAUUUACAUUUUGAAUAAGUCUACUGAAUUUCUUUUAUUCUAUUUUACUUUGUAUCAAACCUUUUUUUUGUUUGACUGUGCCUGUGGUAAAAGAAAGCAGACAAGGCACUGCUUGACUAUUUCUGACCAGGUUUUACUUCCUAGUGUGUUUUACUCCCCAUUUAGUGACACCAAAGAACAUGCACAUUUGUUGACUGCAUAGUGUACAUGGUCAUUCAUUCUGCUUGAAGAGGUCAUUCAAUGUUGUAUUGCUUGGAACAGUGUUUCUCUAUUUUGUCAUAUAGGUCCUUGAGCAAGUUUUUUUUUAAACCUUUUUUCUCAAAGUUUUCCCUACAUUCAAACACAUGAUUAGUGGAUUUUUUUUUUAAAUGUAGAAAACAAUUUUCCCUCUAAAAAGGCAUUUAGAAAUUAAGAUUAGAUAUGUCCUCUUUGUUAGCUUUUGUGCAGUGUUGUGAAAUAAAGACAGAAUUACUAAGUUCAUUCACAUACUUAAAAAAUCAAUGCAUGCCUAUCUAUUUGUUUUAAGAAACAUUUCCUAUUAUAUUAAAUUACUUAAAUCAAAGCUGAGUUGGAAAAAACAGAAAGACCUGUUGAUUUGUAGUAACAAUAACUUGAUAAGCAAGUAAAUUCAUAAACAGCAAAAACAUUCAUUAUUUUAUUUUUUUUUACACUCUAAGUUCUUACACUUUAUUUUAUUCAUUUCAAUACAACCAGCUACUUGACAAAACUAUAACACUAUCAAAGCAAUAUUCCUUCACAAAAACAACUUUUGUUAAAAUUUAAUAAGCUUUCACAUAGUUACUAUUUUUUAUAGGGUUUAUUUUGUAGUACUGGUAUUUACAUUUCAAUACCCUAAAGAUGCUUCCUAUAACUAUGAAAACACUUCUGCUACUUCUGUAAGUCCAUAUAGUAGCAUACAUAUGACAGUUUGAGAAACGGCUGAAGAAAGACAUCUUCAUUUGCAUGUUUGUAUAAUGGUAUAUCAUCCAUUCUGGCUCUUUGCAAUUUGUAGCCUGUAAAUCAAUUAGAGUGUCUUACUGUCAUUGUCUAUAUAGUAACAUUUUCAGACUAAGACUUGACUAAUACAUACACUAAUAGCCAUGGUUUCAGACAAUACUGUUGACUGACCAAUGAUUUCUUAUCAUGAAGUGCCAUCUAUUGUUUUUCUUCUCAUCUCUGAAAUCCAAGUUUUUUCUUCUACAUAUGCUGAAAUAAUCUACAACUUAAAAUAAACCCAGUUCAGUUAACUAAAAACAAUAUCCAAAUAAAAAAAUCACCAUUUUCUUGUUAUAGUUUAUUAAUUUGUAAAAUUUAAAAAAAAAAUUUUUUUAUGCUUUCCAAGUUAGUUUUUACAGGCAGUGCAACAGUUGCACCUCACUAGUUUUCAUACAAGCUAGUAGUUGUUUGUUAGUGGUUAUUGUUCUUUUCAUUAAAAAAAAAAGUGAUCCUAUUUCUGAUGAUGUUUGUGCAAUUAAUAUCUUUAUUUGUUACCAAUGGAAGGCACAGAUAUUAAUGCCCACAUCAGAUCAUUGAUUCAAACCUAAACUAAUCUGAGAUUGUUCAUCUGAUAUUGACUUUUUGUGCUUUAUGUUUGUGUGUAAAAAUCAAAACGUUAUAGAUGAAAUUACAUAUAUUUAUAAACAAAUAUAUAUAUAUAUAUAUAUCAUAUACUUUAUAUACAUGCUGUAGUGAUGGAAGAAUAUUUGUAUGUAUGGCUGUAUGAAUAGAUGUUUAUCUUGAACCUGACAAGAGCAUUUAAUGAAUUUUUUUCUUAUUUUUGCAUUAUCUUGUCAGUAAAUAGUUUAUUUGAUUUAAUAGAAUAUUGUGGACAAGUCUUAUAGACCUGAUAGAACAUCAGUUCAGUGGACCAACACAGCAACUGUGUAUCAUAAGAGCAGCUAGCUACAUAGGCUUAAUAAUAAUAGCUUACAGUAUGUGUGCACUAGUAACAACCAUAUCAUAGUUUAAAGAAUGGGGGAUAGCUAGAAUCAUUAUUUUUGCUGGUUAGUAAUUUACAUUUAUUUAAAUACCUAGAAUAUAUUUUGCCUUAGUGCAUAGCCAAUUCUGUAUACUUUGUAAUGCAUACAUAAUUCUAUCUAGGGAAAUAUUGGUUAUUGGUCCUUUGAAUUUUAGUUAUUUUAAAAUUUAGUUUUUGUGUAGGCAUAGAAAAUUUUUGAAGAAAUUAUGGAAUUUUAAUAUUCUUAGUCUGUUUAUUUAGUGUUAGGGUAAUUUAGUUUCUGUUGGUACAGAGAUAUAGUUCUAGUUGCUUAGGUUAGUAAAUCUUGAAACCCAAUGAGUAAAUAUGCAGUAAAUUAAGUUAAUGAAUGCCUUACUGCCAGACAUAGACAUUUUAUUCCCAAAGUUAUUGAAGCCUAGCUAUUUGUCCUGGAAUAUUAAUGUAGGUUUAGCAAAAACUUAAAUAAAUUAUUUAGCUUUUUCUUUUAAAACUAAAGGGGGGAAAAAUUCAAAUCAGAAUUUGUUUUCAAAUAAUUAUAUUUUCUAUUCCUGCUCUUUUCAAUAACUUAGCUGUGCAAUUUAUGUUCAACAAUAAUUUUAGCAUUUAGGCUAAUCAUCAGUUUCAGAAACUUGAGUUGUCACUUUAGUUGUACUAGUUUUUGACUAAGCUUAUAUCAACUCUGUCUGUUAAAAAAUUGAACACCUUAUUUCUCCCACACCCAUUCUAUGAUCAAGUUGAAACUUUGCACAGUUAUUUUUUGUACCUGAUAAAACAAAAAUCAAUUUUAAAAAUUUGACCAAUUGGUUAAUUAAUUAUUGGUUCUUUAUUAUUUUGUGUUAUCAAACAAGGGAUAGAAAUUGUUCUUGACUAUUGUGGAAGUUGAAAUAGUCCCCUUUAUACUUAAACAAUUAAAAGUUUGAAACUAAGAAUAGGUAAUACAGUGGUUAGUGUAUGGAGGUUUGAGCCCAUGAGUUCGAAUUGAAGUCAUACAAUUUUUAAAAAAUAAAUUACAUUUAAAAAGCUAUCACGGUAACCUUCAUUCUUUCUCCAAACUAAAUUGAUACAAUUACACUUAACAUAAGCUUUGUUUAAAAAGUAUUUUAAAAAUUUUUCUUGUUUACUUUGCAUUUUCAUGUCUUGUUUUGGCUGCCAGUGUUAGUGUGUGUUGUUAUGUGAUACUAUCAUGGCUCCAGGGAAAAUGUUACACAGAUUUGUACAUAAUUUAUUUGCUUCUCAAAUCUUUUAUGUCUGUCUGUUAUGCUGCAGAUACCAUGUACAAAUUUCAUACCAUAUUACAUACAUAAUGUUCUAUAGAGGGUAAUGCAGCAUAUAUAAUGUUUGUUUUUGUACAAUUUUAAUCAACAGUGAAUGUACAUUUCUACAGUAUUUUUUUUAACUCCUCCCCCCUCCCCCCAAGUUGGACUAUUACUGUUUAUUAUCUUUCCUUAAAAUGGCAUUUUUUUUCUGUUGUAUUGAAGUGAGUGUAUAGUUCAUGCUUAGCUUUGUUACUUAAUAAUGUUUAGCUUUGAAGAGUGUUUAAAAAAAAAAGCCCGAUGAAAUCAUGUUUUUUGCUUAUUACUUUUGAAGUAAAGACAUGAGCACUUUAAAAACGUUUGUUUCAUACUGUCUUAGUUGUUUACUAUGUCAACUGUGAAAUCAAUUCUUGUCCAAAAUAAUUUUUGUUUUCAAACCAAGGAUUUGUCUUUUUUUUUUUUUUUAAAUUUAAGAAAUGUGUUAAGAAAGCACUACAACUAAAUGCUAUUUUCUUUGUAUGUAAAUUCAAGAAAAAAAUUACAAUAUUGUUUUCGUGUAUAUUAAGUAGCAUUUAAAAUGACAAUUUCUAAAUUAUACAACUUGUAAAUGAAUUUAUAAAAAAUGAUUGUAGAAUUGAUUAAAUUAUUGUAAUAAGCUACUUGAUAUCUUCUACACUCAAUGUGGACAAGCUGAUGAAACACAUUAAAAUCUAUAUUAUGACUUA